AUGUCGACCAUGAUGCACCGCUACAAGGCUUUGCCUCAAAUGACCAAGAACUACAUCCAGCUUGGCGCGCUGGUGACCGGGCUGGGCGGGUUCUACUACCGCGGCGCGAUCAGAGCCAAGAUGUACCCGUCCGAGCGAACGACCAUGGACUCUAUUAACAUGGCCAAGAAAAAGCCCGAAUAG